AUGUCUUCACCAUCGGAGCAGACACUGCUCGUCACGGGCGCGAACGGAUUCGUAGCCGGCCACAUCAUCAAAGUGGCACUGGAAAAAGGCUACAAGGUGAAAGGUGCCGUCCGCACAGACUCAUCAGCAACACAGCUCAAGGCAACGUUCCCGACGUACUCCUCGCAGCUCUCGACCACCAUCGUCCCGGACAUCACCAACGUCGAGAGCUUCAAGGACGCGUUCGGCCAGGACGUCACGGGAGUCAUCCACACGGCAUCGCCGUUUGUCUUGAACAUCAAGGACGCAAGGCGGGACCUCCUCGACCCGGCCAUCAACGGCGCAGUCACGGUCCUCAAGGCAACCGCGAAAUACGGGACCUCCGUCCGGCGCGUCGUCACCACGGCCUCGUUCGCGUCCAACCUCGACCUGCUCGCGGGCAAGCGGCCGGGCCACACGUACACGGAGCAGGACUGGAACCCGAUGACGUACGACGAAGCCACGACGGCCGACCCGACGGCGGCGUACUGCGCGUCCAAGGCGCUGGCCGAGCGGAGCCAGUGGGACUGGAUGGCCGCCAGCGGGCCGCACGGGUUCGAUCUCGUGGCACUCUGCCCGGCCUGGGUCUUCGGCCCGCACGUCGCGCCGCCCAGCCGCGGGCUCAAGGGGCUGAACCAGUCGAGCGCGGCGCUCUGGGGCAUGGUCGGCCGCGACGAUAUGCCCCCCAUGGACUUCAUGGGCUUCGUGGACGCGCGCGACAACGCGCUCGCGCACGUGGCUGCGUUCGAGACACCUGAGGCGGGCGGCGAGCGUUUCAUCCUCGCGCACCACUUUGACUACCAGAGCGUGGCGGACGCCGUGAGGGAGAGCAUCCCCGAGCUGAGGGACCGCAUCCCCGCGGGCAGCCCCGGGGCGGGCUGGAAGGAGCUGGAGACUGGUGGUGUGUAUUCGAUUGAUAGUAGCAAGGCGCAGAGGGUCCUCGGGGUUAAGUAUACGCCGUUCGGUGUGAGCAUGAAUGACUCUUUUCUUGAGUUGCUUGAGGCUGAGAAGAUGACUGCGUGA